AUGUUCACGUCCAAGUCCAACUCGGUGUCGCCGUCGCCGUCGCUGGAGCAGGCCGAGUCGGACGCGCUGGACAUCAGCACCAAAGUGCAGCUCUACGGCGUGCUGUGGAAGCGGCCCUUCGGGAGGCCGUCGGCCAAAUGGUCGCGGCGGUUCUUCAUCAUCAAAGAGAGCUUUCUUCUUUACUACUCUGAGAGCGAAAAAAAGAACUUUGAAACCAAUAAAUACUUCAAUAUACAUCCUAAGGGUGUCAUCCCCCUGGGAGGCUGCCUGGUGGAGGCCAAGGAAGAACCCAGCAUGCCCUAUGCCAUGAAAAUCUCGCACCAGGACUUCCAUGGGAACAUCUUGCUGGCUGCUGAGUCCGAGUUUGAGCAGACCCAGUGGCUGGAGAUGCUACAGGAGUCCGGGAAGGUGACUUGGAAGAAUGCCCAGCUGGGAGAAGCCAUGAUCAAAAGCCUGGAGGCUCAGGGGCUGCAGUUGGCCAAGGAGAAGCAGGAGUAUUUAGACAAACUGAUGGAGGAAACCGAAGAACUCUGUCUUCAGAGGGAGCAGAGAGAGGAGCUUGAACGCCUUAACCAGGUGCUGGAGGCCGAGAAGCAGCAGUUUGAGGAAGUGGUGCAGGAGCUGAAAAUGGAACAGGAGCAGAUCAAAAGGGAGCUAGAGCUAACUGCAAGGUGCCUCAAGGGUGUGGAGCAAGAGAAGAAGGAGCUGAGGCACCUCACGGAGUCCUUGCAGCAGACGCUGGAGGAACUCUCCAUAGAGAAGAAGAAAACCCUGGCAAUGCUGGAGGAGAAUGAGAACCAGUUGCAGACACUGGCCAAUCAGAGUGAGCAGCCCCCUCCCAGUGGGGGUCUCCAUAGCAACCUGAGGCAGAUAGAGGAGAAGAUGCAGCAGCUCUUGGAAGAGAAGCUCCUGGCUGAGAAGCGGAUGAAGGAGAACGAGGAGCGCUCCCGGGCCCUGGAGGAAGAGCGGGAGUUCUACUCCAGCCAGUCCCAGGCCUUGCAGAACUCGCUGCAGGAGCUGACCGCAGAGAAGCAGCAGGCCGAGCGGGAGCUCAAGGCCGAGGUGAAGGUCCGCAUGGACCUGGAGAGGCGUCUGCGGGAGGCAGAGGGGGCCUUGAGAAGCCUGGAACAAGGGCUCAACUCCAAGGUGCGGAACAAGGAGAAGGAGGAGAGGAUGCGCGCGGACGUGAGCCAUCUGAAAAGGUUCUUCGAGGAGUGCAUCCGCAACGCCGAGCUGGAGGCCAAGAUGCCGGUCAUCAUGAAGAACUCCGUGUACAUCCACAAGGCGGCCACUCGCCGCAUCAAGAGCUGCCGCUUCCACCGGCGCCGGUCCAGCUCCUCCUGGAACGACAUGAAGCCGUCCCAGUCUUUCAUGACCUCCCAGCUGGAUGCCAACAACAUGGAGGAGCUGAAGGAGGUGGCCAAGAGGCUCAGCCGGGACCAGCGCUUCCGAGAAUCCAUCUACCACAUCAUGGCAAACCAGCCAGGAGCCCCCUCCGUGGUUCCCCGGGGUGGAAAGUGAUGGGUGCUCCUCCCCUGCCCCCCAGGUCUUUCCUCAGUGGCUGGGUGGGGGAAGGGGUGCCAGGGGGGGAUCUAACUCCCCCUGGCACCUCUCUGCUCCCCUCUGGGCCAGAGCUGCACCUCACCCUCAAAGGACAGGGAUGGCACUUCCCUCACCUCCACCCCAGCCCCUAUCCUUGGGUUUAUAUCGGGGCCCAUCAGGCCCAAGCUGGGUGCUGCCUGGUUGUUACCUGGUGCUCCCCUGGUGAGGUCAGGAGGGGCCUGGCUGCGCUUGGAGACAUUUUGGUUGGGGAAUGGGGUGGGCAGGGCCCACAGCCGUUGUGCCCAUCUCUCUGUGAUGCUGCUUGCCUGUCUUCAUGUAUAAAGGCCUCCCCUCCCCACCUUGACACCUGCUUCCCCUCCCACCCCAGGUUUCUAACACUUUCUUUGCUUCUGAGGCCCAUACACAUCCCUCAGCCAAGGCCCCUCACUUUUACCACAUUGUAGGGAAGGGAAGAGAGGGACCUAACACAGUGACUUUUGGGUUUGUGGCAUACCACACAUGCUAUGGUGCCUCCUUUCCUGAGGUUGGGCCCUGGCUGAGAGGCUACCCACUCACUUCCAUCCUCAGGUGAGAUCAUCCACCUGUAGCUUCAGCUGGCUUGGAGGGAAUGUGACCCUGCCCCUUAACCCCCACAUUCUUCCUACUGUGUACCGAGGGCCCAGCGCCCUGGCUGGGAUCUGGGGCCAGCAGUGAUGCUGAGCGCUCUCCCAGAGGACGGUAGUAAGCCUAAGGGGUGGAACAAGGAGGCCCUGCCCCCUGCACUGUUUACUUCUGGUUGGGUAGGGAGGCAGCUGCCUCUGGCAGUGGUGGUGCUGUGGGUCUGUGGGAUGGCAGAGGUCUCCCUCUGAGCUGCCCCUGCUUGGUCACCUUGCUGUCUCCUCUCACUGCGGAGGCUUUACCCAGUGAAGCAAUGUGAUCCUGGAAGAUGCAGGGCCUGGACGUUGGAUCUGCCUGGGAUCAGGCUGCUCAUGGUCACUGGUGGUAUUAAAGGUGCUGAUCCUCUGCUGCUUGGCAAACAGAGCCAGGAGCCCAGUCUGAGCAGCACACAGAUGACUGCAGGGCAAGCCCCAGCGAGGUGCUGGCCUCCCCUCAAAACACAUGCCUGUCUACUGGACAGCUAGCCCAGGCCAGGCUUGUGGUGCCCUGCUCUGUGCUCAGGGCUGCCUGGUGAAGCUAAGGGAGCCUCAGCUAGACUCCUGGGUGGGCUCCAAUUGGGAAGUGGGGGGGGGGGGGUCCAGGGCAGAGGCACUUAGAAUUGAUAUAUUUGAAAAGAGAUAAGUCUAAAUGUAAAAACUUUAAACACGUAGAAACCUGCAUAAACUUGGAACUCACUUAUCUAACAUGUAUAUAGGAUGGACUUUGAAAUUAGGAGAAAGAUGUAUAAAAUCAAGAUUACCAUUUUUUUGGUUUUGUUUUUAAAGAAUUAGGUUGAUAAUGGUUUGUUCUUGGAGAAAAGUCUUUUGGAAAUUUUCAAAUGCAUUUUUCCCCCAGGCAAGCUAUUAACCUGAAAAGAAGUGCUUUUCCGUGAACAUUCACCAAUCCCUAGUUCCUUUCCUCCCAUUUCCCCCUCUACUUUCUAUGCCUCAGGCAAGUCUGGGUAAUUUCCAAGCAACUGAUCAGUCCGUAAGUAUUUAUUUGUUGAAAGCUCACUAUGUACCUAACACUGUAAAUAGUAAAAGAGCAAUAUCUCUAUAUGAAAGUAUAUCACAGUGGAAAUUACUUAUUGGAAAUGUAUUGAUCUGAUUUUUAAAAAAAAACCAGAA